CUUCAACUUUCUUCCUUAUAUCCUAUAUUCAAAUCGUACAUACAUGACUCUAGUCUGCAAACCUGUGCUACAAGAACAAUAAUCAAUUUCAUACUCUGUCAACAUGACAACUGAAGAAGGUUCCUUCACCACCGAUGACGGCUUCAAGCUGUACACAAAGACUUGGAAAACAGCAGGCCCAGCCGUAGCAAGACUCGUAUUCAUACAUGGUUUCAGUGAUCAUUGCAACACGUAUGGAGGUUUCUUCCCCACUUUAGCUUCACGUGGAAUUGAUGUCUAUUCAUUUGAUCAGAGAGGAUGGGGACGAUCUGUUCACAAGCCCGCAGAAAAGGGCGACACCGGUCCGACUUCUCGUGUUCUUGCAGACAUUGACGGCUUCAUAAAAUCAGUCCUUCCGUCGCCGGUUCCCCUCUUUCUCAUGGGCCACUCGAUGGGCGGUGGGGAAGUCCUCUGCUUCGCCGCCAACGGCCCCGCGGAAACCCGCGAGCAUAUCAGGGGCUACCUACUCGAAAGUCCUUUCGUAGACUUCGACCCAAAGAGCAAGCCAUCGUCCAUUACCGUAGUGCUGGGGCGAUUGGUAGGUAAGCUGAUGCCGAAGAGGCAGAUGGUCAACGCCCUAGACUGGAAGCUAGUAUCCCGAGACCAGGCGGUGGGAAUGAGGAUUAGGGACGACCCGCUGUGCCACGACACCGGAACGCUGGAGGGCCUUGCCGGACUGCUCGAUCGUACCGGAGCACUAUCGUCUGGAAAGAUUAGAGUGGGAAAGGCGGCUGGUGAGGGCGGAGUGACGAGGAUUUCGAUAGCCCAUGGAACUGCGGAUGGGAUUUGCAGCUUUGCGGCAACAAAACACCUUGCGAGCCAAUUAGAAGCCAAGGACAAGGAAUUCAAGCCAUACGAAGGCUACUAUCACAGGCUGCAUGAUGAACCCAAGCCCGAUGGUGAGAACUAUAUCAACGAUGUCGGCAAUUGGAUACUGGCACGCAUAGACAAGCCAGUCGAAGAAGCUGCUAAGCCGAAGCUUUAACUGGCAUUGUGAAUGUCAACAGUGUCUAAACUAGCAUAGUAGCAAUCUCGCAUGUAAUCAUAUGAAACCCGAACGAGAAUGGGCGUUGGGGUUGAAUUCUAGCAUUGUGUGAAGUUUUCAGAUGAAACCGAGUGAUGAAUGGGAGCUCUAUUAGGUCAACUUUGGACUUGACCUGGGGAGCAAGUGUAAGGAGUCAUAUUCAACAAGCGCAGAGUUAUCUAAAGUGAACACUUCAAGAACGGCAGGUCCUUUUCUAAGUUUAAAUAGCCCUAAUUUACCAUGAAUCAAGAGUCCAUUGGGCCUAC